AUGUUGUGGGCGGGAAGUUAAACUGUAAACGCAGAGAAAAGGUCAUUAUACACAUGUAUAGUUUUAUUAUUUUUCACGGCAACUGCCUGUAAACUGCACUUCAAGAUGGUCGAGGGUCCAGGUUGCACUUUAAACGGAGAGAAAAUCCGCUCCAAAGUGAAAACAGGGCAGAGAGUGAAGGAGGUCAGAGGGAGUCUGGUGAAAGGCACCACUGGGUCAAAUCCCUUCUGCAGGUUCCAGGGCUGUGAGUUCACCGGUGUUGAGACUCUCGGCAAGGAGCUUUUCAUGUACUUUGGUCCAAGAACUCUGAGAGUCCACUUCGGGAUGAAUGGAUCGAUGCGUAUAAAUCCUGCCGAGAGGACGGUUAGGACGGGCUCCCCACCGGUGCUGGAAAUACACCUCAGCAACGACACCGUGUGCUUCUCUGACAGCACCGUGGAAAUCAGGUUGACAGCAGACUGCCAGCAGAGGGUCCGGGCCCUGCAGAGCCUGGACGUUUGCUCCUCCAAGUUCAGCUUCCCUCGCUCCGAGGAGGCCGUGAGGAGCCAGAGCAACAGGAUGCUCUGCGACGUUCUGCUCGACCAGGCCGUCAUGCCGGGAGUCGGGAACAUCAUUAAAAACGAAGCCCUCUUUGACUCGGGCCUCCACCCGGCCGUGAAGGUCCAGCAGCUGACAGUCCAGCAGAUCCGCCACUUGGUGAAGAUGACUCGAGAUUUCACUCUUCUGUUUUACAAGUGUCGCAGAUCUGGCUCUCCUCUCUACAAACAUUACAAAGUCUACAAGCGUCCCCAGUGUGGCCAGUGCUCUCAUGUCAUCACGGUCUGUCGUCUUGGAGACGGUGGCAGAAUGACUUACUUCUGUGAGCACUGUCAGAGAGCAGAUCCCAGCGGACUUGACAUCAGUAAGCUCCCACUUAGAAACAGCCUGAUCGGUUGGGUUUAUAAUGAGAGAAGCGGCGAUGAUGCGUCUAAGGAGGACGAGGACUGGGCUUGUCAGCUCUGCACGCUCAUCAACCCGCCUGCAGCCGACGCCUGCGACGCCUGCCUCACUCCAAGACCUGAGGUCAACAAAGACAACAUUAGCACUGAAGCAUCGCCCUUCACUGCCGAUUUAAUUAAAUACCCCUGCAUCGCCUUCAAGAAACCGCAAGAGGAGCUCAAAAUCAACUGGAGGUCUGCGUUCGGGACUUCCACCCUUGUUUUCUCCGACACGAGCAAGAAGCCGAAGCCCGUAAACUCCCCACUCGGCCCGUCGUCCGCCGGUCAUUUGAAUUCCUCGGCGUCGGAACGAGGUUUGUAUAAAAACAGCCCCUGCCAAGGGACAACAAGCCCCAAUUAUGCCUCUGGUGGCUGGCAGGAGCAAAGUGGCGAGCUCUCCAGCGGGGAAUCGCUGGCCUCCUACAGUCACCCAUCCAAGAAAAUGAGAAUUGAUCACGGCCCCUUUCCCAGUAACAAUGCUCAGAAUGGAGCCCCGAACUCAGGUAAAAUAGAGGCCAGAACUCCCACGGCCUCCGUUACUUCCAGUCCCAGCGGCCCCCGUUGUCCAUCCCAUAAUCGUCCAGCCGUCCUCAGAGUCGUCCACAAGGACGGGGGGAAUAAAGGACGGCAGUUCUACUCCUGCUCCCUGCCCAGGGAAACCAAGUGCAACUUUUUUGAGUGGGCAGAUAUGCACUUCCCUUUUUGUCACCAUGGGAAACGCUGUUUAAUGAGGACGGUUCUGAAGCUGGGACCAAACAACGGCCGCAACUUCUACACCUGCAGCUUCCAGAAGGGUAAACAGUGUGACUUCUUCCAGUGGACGGAGAACGGACCUGGGGUUUCCAUCCUCCCCGGCUGCUAACGCGUCCGCCGCUUUUACCGCACAUUACUUCAAAAUGAAAUCUGCAGUUCUCUAUGUGUUUAUUCAGAUAUUCAUGUUAAUGCUCCUCCCAGCUUCAUUCAUGCAAACCUGGGAUGGUAUUAAGAGGGUUCUGGGGAUGGACUCAUAUUUGCUAGUUUUGCACUGCAAAAACUCAAAAUC